ACGUUCAAUCCUUGUGUUUAUUUUUUGUCCAUUGCCAAGAGUGGAGGAGAAGACAUUCAUUCAUUCAUUGAUUCAUUCUAUUUUAUUUCUCUGUUCUCUCUUGACGGCUCAAUGCUUUCCCACAUCAAAUUCACUCUUUUUUCCUUCCCUUUUCCCUUUCCCCUAUCCCCUUCCAAACAGGUGACUCCAUAUCCGUUUCUCCCUAUUUUUUACCCUCUCUCGCAUACUCACCACCCACGUAGUUAUGGACUCAUCACCAGACCAAACCCGCAAGAGGAAUCAGAAUCAGAAUCACACGCUGGCGCAAAAAUCACUUUUCCUCUGUUUUUCUUUCUUCCUCUUCCUCUUCUUCUUUUCCUCCUCGCACCACUCUUUUUACUCUCACACCUCCCUCCAACCCUCUACUUUGAGUACUUUCCCCACACCCACUCCAUUUCCCACCACCAAAUUACCAGUUUCCUCCCUCCACGUGCUCGAUCGCAUCCUCUUCCCCGAUCACGUGCUUCUCACGCUCUCCAACCCUCAUGUUUUUUCUCCUAAACAUUUCCACUGCGUUUAUUACAACCUCGUCAAGGGUUCGACUCCGUCGAACUCGAACCCGGUUUUCGACGUUCUCGUCCUUCCGGUUCUUUCCACGGACCGCUACGACGAGUUCCGGUCCAUAGCAAGGUGUCCGCUCCCCGGCAAAAAAUUCUCCGCCGUCGACUUGAGAUGGCGCAGCGGAGACGACGAUCGCCAGCCUUUCCGGUUCCCGGUUCAACCGACCGUGCCGCAUAGCUUCGACAAGCUAGCGUACGAGGUAGCCUUAGACGGUGACACCGCAGUUGUCUUCGUCAAAGGACUAAACCUCCGACCACACCAAAUAUCCGACGCAGGCCUACUCCGAUGUCACUUCGGACCUCAAAACGGCAAGCAUUGGCAAACAACAAAAGCCGUUGCGGCGGCGCAGGAAGUCGUGCGGUGCGCGCUGCCGCAGAGUAUUCAGAACAGCCCACACGAGGCUCGCGGAAUAAUAAGCGUCAGCGUGAGUCACGUGCGGCACGAGGCUAUUUUCGACUCGGUCGCUAAAAUUGGCGGGUACAGAAAACAAAUAAACAGAGUGAACAUGAACAUGAACAAGAACAAGUUAGAACUUUGCGCGUGUACCAUGGUGUGGAACCAGGCACGUGCGAUGAAAGAGUGGGUUAUUUACCACGCGUGGCUCGGCGUGGAGAAAUGGUUUAUAUACGAUAACAACAGUGACGAUGAAAUUGAUGACGUGGUUCGAGAGCUUGAGGUAAAAGGUUACAAUAUUAAUAGAGUUGUUUGGCCUUGGAUUAAGAGCCAAGAAGCAGGGUUUUCGCAUUGUAGUUUGAGGGCAAAAGAGGAAUGUAAGUGGGUUGGGUUCUUUGACGUGGACGAGUUUUUCUACUUGAGAGAAAUGAAACAGAAUGCUCUAAUAUCAACUGUGGGGAAUUUAUCGAAUUCGAUUGCGGAAAUAAGGACAGGGUGUCUUAAUUUCGGUCCCUCGGAGUUAAGGACUCACCCUAGAAAUGGAGUGAGCGUAGGGUAUACGUGUCGGCUUCGGACGCCGGAGAGGCACAAGUCGAUUGUACGGCCUGAUUUGCUUCAUGCUAGUCUUUUGAAUGUGGUGCACCAUUUUGAAUUAAAAGAGGGGUUUGGAUCACUUAACAUGCCUCAAUCGGUUGCGGUUAUAAACCACUAUAAGUACCAGGUUUGGGAAAUUUUUAAGGCCAAGUUUUUCAGAAGGGUUGCUACGUAUGUGGUGGAUUGGAAGGAGGAUGCAAACAUAGGAUCAAAGGACAGAGCUCCUGGGCUGGGAACAGAAGCAAUUGAACCAAGUGAUUGGAGGUUGAGAUUUUGUGAGGUUUGGGACACUCGUCUCAAGGACUUUCUUCUUUCUAAUUUUGCUGAUCAAGAAACAGGGUUGUUGCCCUGGGAAAGGUCAUCAAAAUAAAUACUCAGUUUAGUUAUUUCAUUCAAUCUCUAAUUCUCUAUAAGUUUUUGGUUCUGUCCUUACAAAUUAUUCAUUCUAGUCUCAAAUAUACACUUUUAGGUUUGUUUAGACCCUGCA